UUAAUAAUUAUGUCACUCACAAGAUGAGAUCAUCUAAUCACUAGAUUAGAUGAGAUGAGAUCAGAUGAGAUGAACAAGAAAAUAAUGCAUAAAUACCAUUCAGCUUUAAUAAUUGAAACACUAGCAGAGAGGCAAUUGUAAACUGCAAAUUCGUAAAGAAAUCUGAAUCAGAUGUAUAAAGCUAACCCAAAUCGCUACGAAUAAAGCAUAAUCCACCUUCCUUCUUCUGUCUCUCUCAUUUCCCGCCUUUAUAUAGAAUCGAAGAGUUUAGGCUCUUAUCUACAACAAUGGCGAAUUCAGAAAAACCGGUUAUGUUGGCUGGAAUUGAUGAAAGUGAUCAGAGUUUUUAUGCUUUAGAAUGGGCUAUUGAUCACUUUCUUACUCCUUUUGCUCCUAAUAUCCCUUUUGAUGUUGUUCUUGUUCAUGCUAAACCUACUCCUACAACCGCCAUUGGAUUUGCUGGUCCCGGAGGUGCGGAAAUUUUUCCCUAUGUGGAAUCUGAUCUAAAGAAAAUAGCUGCGAGGAUAGUAGACAAGGCUAAAGAGUUGUGCCACUCUAAAUCGGUACACAAUGUUGUUAUAGAAGUUGUAGAAGGUGAUGCUAGGAAUGUGCUCUGUGAGGCUGUUGAGAAGCACAAUGCAUCCCUGUUGGUUGUGGGUAGUCAUGGUUAUGGAGCAAUUAAAAGGGCUGUUCUCGGCAGUGUAAGCGACUACUGCGCUCAUCAUGCUCAUUGCUCAGUAAUGAUCGUGAAGAAACCUAAGAUAAAACACUGAACUCCUUUUUCGACUUAUUGUAUGAGAAGAGUAUGCGCUGCUUCAUGUAACACAUAUAUUUGUGUGUAAUAGUUCCAUUUCAAACAAAAAUAUUUGGAUUGUAAUGAUGUAUUAUUAGGAAAAUGAUGCAAAUGAUGAUACAAAUGUGACAUUCUAUAUUGUUCGGGCAAUAAGCUUGUGUGAUACAUGACAGCAUGAGCUAUAUGAAAUUUAUAAACUGUUUUUUAAUGCAGUGGUUGAUUAUUCAGA